AUGCUUGAUCAAGCGGACAUUAAACCAUCGGUAUGCCGAACACUUGUCUUCAAGUGGCACAAAAGAUUUUCAGACGGUUGGACAUCCGUGGAAGACGACCCCGGGCGGGGACGGAAGACGAUCAUAGAAGAAAACCUUAUCUUACGUGUUAAGAAUGUGAUUGAGAGUGACCGACGUCACACAGUUCAAGAAAUAUCAGCAGUUGUUGGAAUUAGUACUGGAACUGUACAUACAAUUUUAACUGAACAUUUGAACAUGUGCAGGGUUUCGGCAAGGUGGAUUCCCAGAUUAUUGUCUGUAAAUGAUAAAGCCAAGCGUGUUCGAUUGUCCAGGAAUUUUCUUAGACGCCACGCAAGUGAAGGAGACUCUUUCAUCAAUAAGAUUAUCACGACCGAUGAAACAUGGCUUUUUUAUUUCGACCCUGAGACAAAACAGCAAUCGUCUGCCUGGAAAAGAAAAUCUUCUCCUCCCCCACAAAAAGCGAAACUGCGCCAAUCGUCAAGGAAAAACAUGUUUAUUUUCUUUAUGGACAUUCAAGGCAUGCUAUUGAUCCACGCUGUUCCUGCACAUCAAACUGUUAACGCAGAUUAUUAUUCGAAGGUUAUCAGACGAGAUCUCCUUCAUGCCGUAAGGAAAAAACGACCGGGUACAAACUUGGCAGAGAUGAUCUUACACCAGGAUAAUGCACCUGCACAUCGAGCUGAAACAACAAUUCUAGAGCUUGAUCUUCUUGGACUCGAGAGAGUGGAACAUGCACCUUACAGUCCUGAUUUGGCACCAAUGGACUUUAAAGUCUUCCCAACGGUGAAAUCCCAGCUUCGCGGCAGGAAGUUUGACAAUAUUGACGAACUGAAGUAUGCAACUCGAUCUAUAGUUUCUAAGUUGGACAAGAAAUGGUAUAGAGAUGUCUACGAUGAAUGGAUAAGGAGACACAAACUGUGCAUCAAACACAAAGGGGAGUUCUUUGAAAAGAUGUGA